AUGACAUGGGGAAACGUAUUCCUGGCUUGCGUUGCGGAUGUGCUGCAUGUGCUGGACGGAGGGUUCCUUGGACACAUGGUGGACGAGUUCAUCUCUCCACUCAGCAAGCCGGAAAGGAGAGAACUGGAGAGGCGGAAGAAGGAGCAGAAGAAGUACACGCGAUCCACGGUGGUCAGGAUCCCGGGUGGAAGUUCUUGGCUCAAGUCACGUGCGAACUACGCGGCGUUCGAGAACAGAGCCAUGAUGCAAGUGAUGCCGUUACUCAUCGCGGACAACAUGGAAGGGUGCGAGCCCGAGGAGAAGGAGCAGCGCUUCAAUGAGGUGAGGGCGUUCCGGAGUAUGGUGGACGCUGUGCAGGACGCUUCUCCAUCGCAAGCGUCCUCGUGGAAUUUACCGAAGGUGCACCAGAUAGUUCACCUCAUUGACGGCAUCAUCCUGCGUGGGAUGCCGUUUGAGUACUCUACGAACCUGUGGGAGCACACUCACAAGGGCAGCGUGAAGGUGCCAGUGCGCGGGAGUAACUGGAAGGACAUUCCCCGACGAAUCGUGGAGGAGGAGGUGCAGAGGGAGAUCACACGGGAGGUGGCAGCCUUGGCAGGGGGAGGAAGGCAGUACGUCAGUGCGCUGCGUGAGGCGGUGAGACUGCAGACGUAUGUCCUGACGAGGAGGUCCAGGAAUGCGGACGUAAGCGACGGGGAGGACGCAGUGCUGUGGGCGUACAAAGAGGCACUAGGCUCUGACAUGAAGGAACUGGGCAGGUGCCUGGCAGCCGCUGGUGUGUCGGGCACCACCAUCAAGGUUGCGGUGGCCAUUCCGCGCACCCGUGGCGGGGAGCUUGUGGCGAAGGGCACGUUUGUGAAGGCCAGCCCGUCUGAGAUGUGGUUUUCGGACGUUGCUGUCAGGGCGAAGAAGGACAAGGAGGAGUGGUACGCACGAUGCCUGUGCGUGUUCCGUGCAACGGACGCGGAGGGGACGGAGGGUAGGUAUGCAUAUGUUAAGUACUAUGAGGCGGCGGGAGUUUGCCCCAUGACCACCUGCGUCCAGCUAACCCCUGGGAGGGUCUCCACAUGGUACUCAGUGGUGGACGUGGAGUGCAUCAAGCGUGUGGUGCAUGUGUGCAAGUCGUAUGUGAACAAGAAGGUGAUGCUGCUGAACAAGUUUCUGCUGUGUGAGUAG